GUCACUCGUCCACACUUUCCGCACUGCACUUGCUUCCACAUCUCGCACAGUCCCUCGCACCAUCCGCCCCGCCGCGUCCCGUAUCCCCGCCCGCUUCACCCACCAGCCACAACAGACCCGCACAAUGGCCUCCGCACAGUUCCUCGAGGAGAUCAAGAAGCGCCGCACGUACUACGCCAUCACGAACAAGUCGCCCAUUUCGGACGCGCGCAUCCACGAGAUCGUGAAUGACAUCGUCCUCCACGUCCCGUCCUCGUUCAACUCGCAGUCGUCCCGUGUCGUCGUCCUCCUCAAGAAGGAGCACGACAAGCUCUGGGACUUCCACACGGAGGUGCUGAAGCCCAUCGUGCCGGCGGCGCAGUGGUCCGCGACCGAGGGCAAGAUCGGCUCGUUCAAGGCCGGAUACGGCACCGUCCUGUUCUUCGAGGACCAGGAGCCCAUCCGUAGCCUGCAGGAGAAGUUCCCUCUCUACCAGGACAAGUUCCCCACGUGGGCUGAGCACACCUCGGGCAUGAUCCAGUUCGCGACCUGGACUGCACUUGAGCUCGAGGGCUUCGGUGCUUCCCUCCAGCACUACAACCCCCUCAUUGACGAGAAGGUCAAGGCGGAGUGGAACAUCCCCGCGACUUGGACCCUCAUCGCCGAGCUGCCGUUUGGCACGCCCCUCGCCCCUGCCUCGGACAAGGCCUUUUCGCCUGUUGAGGAGCGCGUCAAGGUCUACGGCCAGUAGAUUACUGAGGGGCAGCGACGUCGUUCUGGCACUCCGGCCCAGACUCGAGUAGACAUGUUUCAGUUGCGCAGAUUUCAAUCGUUGUAUAAUGGUAUCGUGCAUCAUGGUUAA